AUGUCUGAACCUAAGAAGCAAGAAAGAGAUUACACGAAGGAGGUUAACGAGUUGUUGCCGGAGGUUGAGGCAUUAGUCAAGGCCCGUGCAAUUCAAGAGGCGCUAGACAGGAUCUAUGUAUUGGAAAAACAGACACGGAAUGCUGCCGAUAUUCCCUCAACCCGUACACUGGCCAACCGGGCCAUUGGCAUCUGCUACGAAGCCAAGCAAUACGGGCUUCUGAAUACGACCUUCCAAACUCUUACGAAAAAGCAUGGUCAAAUCAAGGGUGUCAUUCAGAGUAUGGUGGAGGACUCGAUGCCGUGGCUUGACCACAUGGAGGGCGAGACGAAGCUGGAGUUCGUAAAGAUGCUGCGAGAAGUGACAGAGGGCCGCAUAUUCCUUGAGACACCCAGGGCGCGCUUGACACUCAUCCUCGCAAGGCAUGAGGAAACUCUCGGUACCAAGGAAGCAUUGGAGAAGGCGUCGGAGCUGCUGUCGGACUUGCAGGUGGAGACGUACUCCAGCAUGGAACGACGAGAAAAAACGGACUUCAUCCUAGAGCAGAUGAGGCUGCUGGCGGCGAUAGGCGAUUGGAGUAGAGUGAAAGUUGGCAGCAGAAAGAUCAACCAGGCCUUCCUGAAAGAGGAGAAGAACGAGGAUCUGAAGCUCCGUUUCUACGAUCUUAUGAUCCGCUAUUCUUUAGAAUUGGAUGAGUACCUGGAGAUCUGCAAGCACUACUACGCCAUUCGGGACACCCCAAGUAUCAAGGCUGACGAGCAGAAGUCACGUCUGGCAUUGGAAAACAUCGCAUACUUCAUCGUCCUUGCCCCGCACGACAAUGAACAAUCAGACAUGAUCAACCGUCUCAACAUCGACCCUGCAUUGACCAAACUACAACUACAAAGCCAAUUGAUCAAGUCCUUUGUCACCCCCGAACUCAUGCGUUGGCCGAACCUCGUCGACUACUAUGGCGAGACCCUGCGGAAGACGGCCGCCUUUGCACCGGUAUCUUCGCCAGAGAACAACGAUGGGAAGGGCGACAAGCGAUGGAAGGAGUUGCACAAGCGUGUCAUUGAACAUAAUAUUCGCAUCAUUGCGAAGUACUAUACCCGCAUACAUCUGAAGCGGUUAACGCAGCUGCUCGACCUCACCCCACAAGAGACCGAAGACGUGCUUUGCCGACUGGUUGUUGACAAGACGGUAUAUGCGCGCAUUGAUCGUCCUGCAGGGAUUGUCAAUUUCAAGGCUCCCAAGACACCAGAAGACGUGAUGAACGACUUCAGCGGUGACAUGGCCAAGCUGUUAGGUUUGGUCGAAAAGACUUGGAUGAGUAUGAAUGCUGCAUUAGCCGCGAAGGCAUAGCAUGUGUAGUGUACAUCAUAGUAUAUCUCGUAGAGACCACCACCUCAUUGCUUGAACAUGAACUGGAAGUUGAACUGCUUGAUCUCGGGAUCCCAGUGUGACCAGUUCCAUCCGGUAACAUCAUCAUGCUCAUCCUCUAUUUCACGUGCUGGUAUCCGGAAGGCGAUCGUCUCGUACGGCUCCGCAGCGACAAUGAGAUACUGGAACGACUUGUUCGGUGGCUCCUUCCUUUGCUCCCAAGCGCUCAUAAAUCUCUUUCUCGGCACUUGGCCCUCCUUGAUCUGCGGCAAAUGUAUCUGGACCAACAUGCCCUCCUUCCCCUGUAUCUGCCCUCCGGCACCAUACGCGUCUGCAGGGUCGAUCUGCUCGCGUACCUUGGUGACUCGGUAACCAGGGCGGCCUAUCUUAAGCCACAUGCGCUUCUGCACCUGCUGACCAGAGGGGGCAACAGACAACUGACUAUCUUUCAGAUCACGCGCAGCACGUCGGGCGAGGUUGGUUUGGUGCUUCUUUCCCUGCGUGUGGGCGAGGUAGGAACCCUCGUUGGUGUGCAGGGUCAGGCAGAGUCGGCAUUCAAGUGACCCAAGAUGAUUACGAAGAAUAUAUGGAUCCUUUGCCAGAUCUAUCGUCUCAAGCGCCAAUUUCCUCAGCCGCUCACGGCGGUCUACGUUCGCUUCACUCGCUCCAGCGACACCACCACCUCCAAACUUAGAGCCAACACGAUUUUGAUAAUCCAUCACUAUUCAGUUUAUGUUAGAUACGUGACGUUUGGGCACAAGCAGCACUAAUAGCACACGAUGG